GACUUGGAAUGGGCGUCCACGGUCUUACAACUUAUCUACGCGAGAACAAACGUGUGCUUGGAAAGACCAUUCAAUUUCCAUGCAUUUCAGAAGAUGCAGUGACAACGAUUGUCGUGGAUGGCUGGUCGUUCAUUUUCGAGAUAUAUCUACAAUCCCAUCUGCCAUGGGUGUACGGAGGAGAGUACGCUGAAUUCAGCCAAUAUGUUGAACAGGUCGUCUUGUCUUGGAUCGCAGUUGGCCUCAAGGUGUACUUUGCCUUCGAUGGACCCCGUCCAGAAUUAAAGAUACCGACACUGAUCAGUCGUAUGAACAGAGGAAACGUUGGGCAGUCUCUCAUUUUCUUCCGCACGUCUCCUGCAUCUCGAUGCACGCCGCGCUUUCUUCGCGAGACCAGUAUUCUUCCCCCCCUUGCCUAUGAGGUUUGCGUCCAAACCUUGCAACGUCUUGCCAGAUCUGGAAAACGGCCGCUUGAGGUGCACUUCGCUGAUGAGGAAGCGGACCCAUAUGCAGUGGAACUAGCAGGACGAUUGGGUGCUUAUGUCGUUGGCAACGACUCGGACUUCGUCAUCUUCAACUCUGGCCUCUAUGCAGGUUUUAUCUCAUUAGACGAUCUACUGUGGAUAUUACCAUAUACCGAUGGGGAGACAUCUCCAUGCAAAGGGGGAGAUGAGGAUGACAACUUUCAAACAGUGGUGCAUGGCAAAACAAGAAAGCGGCCCACUCGACAGCAAAAUGUUACAUUUGGGCUCGUCCCGCCAGCGGACGCGCCUCUGAAGGACUUGACGCUCACCGCGUCUGUCUAUACACCAACUACACUUGCUUCCCACCUGAAAAUCCCCGUUACGAUUCUUCCUUUACUCGCAGCAUUGGUAGGAAAUGACUUCUCGAACCAGUCCACCACACAGCGCAAUGUCCAGUCUCUCUUCUUUGAACGAAGACUGUCACUCUCGCAACGGAUUGCCCAUACCAGUAAUACUCUUGCCGGUAUCCUGGGUGCAGCAUCGCAGCCGCGGAAAGCCCGACACCAAGUUGAUUCGGUCAUGGACCUAAUUACUCGCACCGUGAAUGCACUACUCACCCACUCCCCAAACCACGUGGCUCCCGGGGAGGUGGAUGCCGUAGUUGACAGAAUCGUCACCGCGGCGUUGAAUUACGCUAUUGAUAAGUACGAUGGGGAGACCUAUGGCCCGGAUAGCUUGUGGCCCACACGAAUGUGUGCGUUGCAUCACCAAGAUGCUUGUCCUCUCGUAACGCUGUUUAUGCGAGCUCAGCCUUGCAACAACCAGGAUGAUACUGGCAAUGAUGAUGUUGCUUUGAGGCUAGGUGCAACGUACAUCGAGGCUUUCCGGUCUGGAAAGUUGAAACCAGAGAUCACGGACAUCAUGAAUACGCGCGCGUUCUGGCCAAAACUGUUUCUUGAGAACCCUGACGUAGAAACCGUAGCAAAGUCGAUUGGCCGACCAAUUCGGUUGUGGAUCUAUGCCUUACUGGAGGACGGCGUAGGACUUCCAGACGCACCCGAGACCUCUUCGUCGGUCGCUGACAGUGUGACAGAGGAUGGCCGACGUCUCAGCGAGGAAGAUGAGGAAGACCUUAAUGAGGUGGUUGACGUUGUUGAGGAGCAUUCGUCGGAUGACGACGACACCGACCUUCUUGCCCCACUUCGAGGCGAGCUUGAGCGCCUUCGUACCGCUGACGAUUCUACUUCAGAACCUCCGACAUCGGCUACUUCUCAUUCCCGGUCCCGACCACCACAUCGGCCCAAGUGCGUGACGGAGUACGUUCGUCGCGGGUCUCGUAUAGCCCCAGACGAGGUACCCGUUCCGGACCUAGCGGUUCUUAUGGCAUCCUCCGGUUUCGGUGCCUUCAUCGAGAAGGAAUCUUUUGUUCCGUGGCAGUUUAGAAGCCUUGAGGAACGGAUAACGUUGUUCCUGCAUAUUUUGGAGAGCAACGUUCCCGUGCUACGGGAUCUGCCACCGGUCCAACUCUUUGGUGUCCUUGUGGUACGAUGGGUCGUUCGAACCCUUCAUCUCCGUGCUGUUGAGAACGGAAUGAACAAAGAUAGAGAAAAGGAAAGGUGGUCUCAACGUGAGGCACGUGCUUUCCUUGUUUUCUAUCUCCGAUCUCUGGAGGACAAUGAGGCUGUUGGCGGUACAACAGCACAUAGUGAUACCCAGACGCAGCAAGUUGCCGGUGUACCCAUCAUGGACCGCGCCAUCCAGCUCAUGGCUCAAGUGCUGACGGCAAUUGAAGCAAUUCAAUGCUUGUCCCAGGUACUGUUCCUUUCAGAUUGGAUUCCUAUCAACAUGGAACAGCUAUCGGGCUCCCGUUUCCACGCAUAUUUAUCCCAACCGGGUCCUAUAGUGGGCCAGUCCUCAACGGAGAGCAUGUGGAAUGCAUGCGUGCAUUCGCUUGAGGAUGCCUUUCGACAGGAACCGAUGAAGAGAAACAAGAAUGGAAGGAUUCACAAGCUGAAACCAGUGGUUAAAAUAGGGAGUGGGGCCGUUAGGCCGGGGCUUGCUCGUUUUGCGUUGCUGGGUGAUGCUGAAGCUUAGCGUGGAGUUGUUGAGAUUACCAUAUAUUGCAGGACCUUUGUAACGCGCUCCUGUUCCGGACCGCCGGUCCUGAGCAUGUCCGGAGGUAAUGAUUACGAUAAAGAGUGUUUACAGUGG